AUUUACAUUGUCGUUCCUUGCGGGCGAGAGACAUUUCUCGGCUAAGGUCACCUGGAGGUUGAAAUUUUCUCCACUGUAGCAGAAACUGUAGUGCCGGUAGGAAGUGAUUAUCUAUUGCUUUGCUUUAAUUUUAACUACAUACUAUCACUUUCAUUGAAGUGAUAAGAAAGCCGAAAGAGCGUACAAUCGUGAUUACACAAUUCAGCAACCGAACUAAAUCGCAAAGAUGGGUCGUAAAUUCUGCGUUGGAGGAAACUGGAAGAUGAACGGUGAUAAGGCCACUAUUACCGAGCUGGCCAAGGUGCUCACCACUGGCCCGCUGAAUGCUGAUACCGAGGUCGUAAUCGGUUGCCCAGCUCCCUACUUGUCGUUAACCCGUUCUCUGCUACCGGACACAGUCAACAUUGCCGCUCAGAACUGCUACAAAGUUGCUAAGGGAGCCUUCACCGGUGAAAUCUCUCCGGCGAUGCUGAAGGAUUUAAACAUUGGUUGGGUCAUUUUGGGCCACUCGGAACGGCGUGCAAUUUUCGGCGAAUCAGACGAACUAAUCGCUGACAAGGUAGUCCAUGCACUGGCCGAGGGACUCAAGGUUAUUGCCUGCAUCGGAGAGACCUUGCAGGAACGCGAAGCGGGUCAGACGGAAGCCGUUUGCUUCCGCCAAACCAAAGCGAUUGCGGAUAAGGUGAAAGACUGGAGCAACGUAGUGAUCGCUUACGAGCCAGUGUGGGCCAUUGGUACUGGCAAGACUGCCACUCCAGAGCAGGCACAGGAAGUGCAUGCUGCUUUGAGGAAGUGGUUCACUGAGAAUGUGUCGGCCGACGUGGCAGCGGCGAUUCGCAUUCAGUACGGAGGUUCGGUCACCGCUGCAAACUGCCGCGAGCUGGCUGCCAAGCCAGACAUUGACGGAUUUUUGGUCGGCGGUGCUUCCCUGAAACCAGAGUUUGUUCAAAUUGUCAACGCCAGACAAUAAGAAAAAAAUCCUUUACAAAAGUUUGGCAAAACUACAUACCUACGUGAUUGACGCUAUGUGUGUAAGCUAAUCGUUAUCUUCUUGGCGCUUAGAAGUAGUUAAAGACCCAAGACAGCUGUUUAACCUCUAGCAUUAUUACGUAAGUGCAACCCAUAACCUCUUAUAAUCUAAGCGAUAAAAUUACACGGAGAUUCAGUAGAAAUAGCAAA